AGCAAAAAAUAAACACUUAAACCAUUUUUUUGUUUUCAUUGUGGGUUGCCUGGACAAUGGCCAACUCUCAAUCUCACUCAUACUUACCAGAUUCAAGUACUCGCCACCAAAUCAACUAAUAAGGUUGACAGGAUUGCCAGACCUUAAAAUCAUCUGUUAAACUCUAAAUUAUCUAAUUUUAUACAAAUCAAGUGAAACUAAAUCUAAUAGUGCAACAAAUAUCUUCCGUACACUGGACUUUUUUACCAUCAACUAACCAACCUCACAAUGUCCGCUGGAUCAGAUCAUGUCGUGGUGGCCGUCCGAGUCAGACCAUUCAAUCAACGAGAGAAACAACGAAAUGCCAAAUGUAUUGUGGAUAUGGAGUCCAAUACAACCGUCCUGUAUAAUCCAAAUAAUCAUCGAGAUGCACCUAAAAAAUUUACAUAUGAUCACAGUUAUUGGUCUCAUGAUGGUUUCAUUGACAUUGAUGGAAGCAUAAGUCGAGCUGAUUCUUCACACCCCAAUGGACAUAAAUACGCAGAUCAGGAAAAAGUUUACAAUGAAUUGGGUCGAUCGGUUCUCACAAAUGCUAUGCAUGGCUAUAAUGCAGCCAUAUUUGCCUAUGGUCAAACUGGAUCAGGAAAAUCAUAUACAGUAAUAGGUUAUGGUGCCAAUAAAGGUAUUGUGCCAAGAUUGUGCUCAGAACUGUUUGAUACGAUUGCUCAUAGAUCUAAUGAUAGUGGAACCAUAACUGAAGUGACUCUGUCGAUGAUUGAAAUUUAUAAUGAGAUUGUUCGUGAUCUAUUGAAUGGUCCCAGCUUAGCAAACAAUUCAAAAAAGAAAGGACUUAAAGUGAGAGAACAUCCAUCAAAAGGAUUUUACGCUGAAGGAUUGAAAAGCUUUUUGGUAACAUCGCAUAAAGACAUCGAAGAUAAAAUUGAGGAAGGGACCACAAACCGUUCGAUUGCCGCAACAAAUAUGAAUGAAACAAGUUCUCGAGCUCAUACAAUAGUACAAAUUCAAAUUGUUCAACGGAAUCGCACCUCAUCUGGCCAAGAGACUGCUAAAAAAUCAAUUAUUCAUUUGGUUGAUUUAGCUGGAAGCGAAAGAUUAUCUGGAACAAUGGCGGUCGGUGAUAGAUUGAAAGAAGGUGUAUCAAUUAACCAAUCAUUAGCAUGUUUAGGCAAUUGUAUUUCAGCUUUAGCUGAGAAAUCCUCUGAAAAAAACAUUAGAGUACCUUAUCGAGAUUCAGUUUUAACUCGUCUUUUGAUGAACGUCUUAUCGGGUAACAGCAAAACAGUGAUGAUUGCAACAAUUAGUCCAGCUGAUAUAAGUUACGAUGAAACAUUAUCCACUCUUCGUUAUGCUGAUCGAGCCAAACGAAUCAAAGUUCAUGCAACAAUCAAUGAAAAUUCAACGGACAAGUUAAUACGACAAUUGAAAGAUGAAAAUGAACGACUAACAAAAGCAAUGGAAAGAGGUGUUGUUGAUUUAAGUGGAACGGGUUCUUCUUUGUCUGAAAAAGAUAUGACCGAGAUGAGACAGAAGUAUGAAGAAGAAAUGAAGGCUUUAAUGGCUGAAAAUGAACGACAAAUCAACGAAAUUAAGCAAACAUACGAGGACAAAUUAGCUGAGAAACAAGCCUUGGAAGCAAAUGUGUACGUUGAUGCUGACCGGGAAAAAUUGGAAACGGAAAAACGAGAAAAUCCAUAUUUAUCUAAUCUUAAUUUUGAUGAACAAUUAUGUGGAAAAAUUAUCCAUAUAAUUAAGAAAGGGGUCAAUAUUUUAGGGAAAAAUGACGAUUGUUCAAUCAUUCUCUAUGGUCCAAGCAUUCAAAAUCAUCACGGACGCAUUUACCGAAAAGACAACGAUGUUGUAAUCCUAGAGAGAGUUGCUGAUGAUUGUCGUAUUUUAUUAAAUGGUGAUCCAGUGAUUAAUAAAGUUCAUCUUAAUCAUAAUGACAGGUUACUCUUUGGUACAACUCAAUUAUUCGUAUUUAUCCAUCCAGGUCAACAAAAGAAAUCCAAAUUAUCAUUUUCUGAGGUCACUUUUGACUUAGCUCAAGAAGAGAUUGCAUCUAAAGCUGGAUUUGACAUGUCCAAUGAUGAUCAAUCAAUGGAGACUGCUUUAUUAAAUAAAGAUCUACUUGAAUUGUUACCUCAAGUUGAUGAAGCCAAUGCAAUUAGCAAUGAUUUAGGAAAGAAUGUACGAUUCGAGAUAAUUCUGGUUUCUUCAGCAUUCCUUGCCAAAAACAGUGACCGAACUGAGGUGAUGGUAAAAUUAAUCAAUGAUGAAUUUGGCCAAGAAUUCUUGUGGCCAAAAGAUAAAUUUGUAAAUCGAUUGUUCAUGAUGAAAGAGAUUUAUCAAAACUAUGCUCAAGGCGAUGAAAACUGGAAUCCAUCACCGGACAAGGACCCAUUUUUGGAAGACCAGAAAACGGAAGUUUUGAUUGGGAUUGUUCAAGUUUACCUUCAACCAUUAGCUUUUCUGGUUGAAUUGAAAGAACAAUUGGAAGUUCUUGAUUACAAGGGAACCGAGAUUGGUAUAAUUAAUAUUGAAAUUGUUCCUUGUACAUCAGAUGGACGAGAAUUAAGUGAAUUGGAUGAUGCUUAUGUUGAUACUCCAUCAGAGUUAAUUGGUAAAGAUGUUUGCUUUGUCUUCAAGAUUCAUGGUUGUCGCGGUCUUCCUCCUCGAUUCACGGAUAUUUAUUGUAGAUACAGAAUUUUUCUCGAUGAAGAGGAUUCAACAACCGAGAUUAUCUCAGAUACUUCUAAUCCAGACUUUAAUCAUCGUAAAAUGUUUACCUAUCAACCAGCAACCAAAGCACUUAUUGAUUAUCUAAAGGAAGGCUUUGUACUUAUUCAAAUUUGGGGUCGCCAAAUGGUUAAACGAUCAGUUAGUAAUCAAUCAGGUCGCUUAACCAAACAAAUGAUGCAAGAUGAUUUACUCAAUCAAGCAAAUAAUCUGAUGCAAGGAUUUAAAAUGAAUGGACGAAAUGUUGAUCCCAAUAAGCAAAGUAUCAUCGUUGAAUUGUUGCUCAUGAAAAAACAACAAGCUCGUCAACAGCAAAGAAUUGAAAACAUUCACAAAUUGGUUGAAAUAUAUGAACGUUAUGGUCGACCCAAAAUCCCGGUUCAACUGGUUAAGGAAUUGAUCUCAGCCACAACAACAGACUCAGCUCAGCAUAUAAUCACCAAAGUUGGCUUAGAUAUUGAUUAUGGAGAAGAGACACCUCGAUCAACUACUUGUACGAUUUUAUAGCGAUAAUUUACAUUUGUUGAUAUUAACGUUAAAAUCCAUUGUUAACGCUGUAACAUUGUAAUCUUAAAUUGUGCCAUUUAUUUUAAUCAGCAUUCCUUUGACAAAUUAAAAUACUGAUUAUUCGGUAUCUGUGUUUUAU